CACAGGCACGAGGGGGACUGUCUCGGUAUCACAACGGGGGUGAGUGGGGAGGUGCCGCAUCAGGAAGCGAUGGGCACAGAGGGAGGCUGAGGGUGGGGGUGGCAGGCGUAUUUGGGCUGGAAGGAUGGAGCCGCCAGAGUUGGAGAGAUGGAGGGCGAGACUGGGGGUUUGAAGGAGGGACUGUUGGCGGGACACCGGGGAAGUUGGCAGGAGGGUGGUAGAAAACUGCUUCUUGCAGGAUUGGAGGUGGAUUGGAAGGAUGGGGGCGCACAUGUGGCACGCUCUUGUCAGGCCUGGGAGUGUGGCUGUGGGGCUCAGCAGGCAGUAUUUGCAGGCGGUGGGUUGCAGCGAGUGGCCACGGGUGGGAGGGGAGCUGGACCGGGCUGUGGAGGGGACCCGGCCUUACCCCCCCUCCUGCCCCCAGCCACCAUGUUCAACCAGCAGCAGCAGCAGCAGUUCCAGCAGCAGCAGCUCCAGCAGCAGCAGCUCCAGCAGUUGCAGCAGCAGCAGCUCCAGCAGCAGCAAUUGCAGCAGCAGCAGUUGCUGCAGCUCCAGCAGCUGCUCCAGCAGUCCGCAUCACAGGCCCCGCUGCCCUUGCCCGUGAGCCGGGGGCUCCCCCAGCAGCAGCCACAGCAGCAGUUUCUGAGUCUCCAGGGCACCAACUCGGCCUCCCUCCUCAACGGCUCUGUGCUGCAGAGAGCUUUGCUCUUGCAGCAGUUGCAAGGACUGGACCAGUUUGCAAUGCCACCAGCCACGUAUGACAGUGCCGGUCUCACCAUGCCCACGGCAACAUUGGGUAACUUCCGAGGCUACAGCAUGGCAACCCCGAGCCUGACAGCCCCCAGCCUCACACCCCCCCAGCUGGCCACUCCAAAUUUGCAGCAGUUCUUUCCCCAGGCUACUCGCCAGUCCCUCCUGGGUCCCCCUCCUGUUGGGGUCCCCAUUAACCCAUCUCAGCUCAACCUCUCAGGGCGGGCCCCCCAGAAACAGGCCCGGACCCCCUCCUCCACUACCCCCAAUCGCAAGGAUUCUUCUUCUCAGACCAUGCCUGUGGAAGACCAUUCAGACCCCCCCGAGGGGUCUGAGGACGCCGUAGAGCUCCGAGCAAGCCCACCACGAGGUGAGGAGGAGACUGCGGCCCUCCAGAGGGACGUGGGUUGGGCAGACCAAGGUUCACCCCCCUGCCCAGAUGACAUCCCUAAGGAGAGAUGCACGCCAGCACCCGGGCCUGAGCCUUGUGAGGUAUCUGAGCCGCCAGCCAAGAGGAUGAAGAGCUCAGAGGAGCCCACAGAGAAGGGGCCCCCAGGGCAGCUACAGGCGAAGGUCCAGCCACAGGCCCGGAUGACAGUACCCAAACAGACACAGACGCCAGAGCUGCUGCCUGAGCCCCUGGAAGCCUGCGUGCUGCCACGAUUCCAGCCACGGGUCCUGCAGAUCCAGGCCCAGGGGCAACCACAGACUCAGCCACGGAUGCUACCAGUGGACACCCAGGUGCAGCCGAGGCUGCAGAAGCAGGCACAAACACAGACCUCUCCAGAGCACUUCGUGCCACAGCAGAAGCAGGUGCCGCCAGAGCCUCAGCAGGAGGCAGAGCCUCAGAAGCAGGUGCAGCCACAGGUGCAGCCACAGGCACAUUCACAGCCGCCUAGGCAGGUGCCGCUACAGCAGGAGGCAGAGCCACAGAAGCAGGUACAGCCACAGGUGCAGCCACAGGCACAUUCACAGCUGGCAAGGCAGGUGCCGCUACAGCAGGAGGCAGAGCCACAGAAACAGAUGCAGCCACAGGCACAGUCACAGCCCCCUGUACAGCUGCAGCUGCAGAAGCAGGCCCAGACACAGACGUAUCCACAGGUGCAUACACAAGCACAGCCAGGGGUCCAGCCACAGGAGCAGCCACCAGAGCAUCCUUCAGCACAGGCGCCAGUGCAGCCACCAGAGCAGGUCCACGCGCAGCCUCAGACCCAGCCGCGGGAGUCUGUGCGGGCACCAGAGCAAGCACCAGCUCACAGCACCGUGCGGGAAACGCCUCCUGAUACAGCGGAAGGCGGAGGAGGGUCGGAGAAGGCCUCGCCAGAGCCAGCGGGCACCCAGGCUUGCGUGGGAGAGAGCCGGGAGGAAGCAGCCAGCGGCCUGGACGUGGGCGAAUGUGAAAAAAGAGCGAGAGAGAUGCUAGGGGUGUGGGGUGCCGGGGGCUCCCUGAAGGUCACCAUCCUCCAGAGCAGUGACAGCCGGGCCUUUAGCACCGCACCCCUCACACCGGGGCCCCGUCCUGGCGACUCCAGCUCCACCACCCUUGCGGCUGCCAGUGCUCCCGCUAAGCAGGCCCUCCAGUUCUUCUGCUACAUCUGCAAGGCCAACUGCGCCAGCCAGCAGGAGUUCCAGGACCACAUGUCGGACGCUCAGCACCAGCAGCGGCUUGGGGAGAUCCAGCACAUGAGCCAGGCCUGCCUGUUGUCCCUGCUGCCCGUGCCCCGUGAUGUCCUGGAGAGAGAGUCCGAAGACCCUCCACCAAGGCGCUGGUGCAACACCUGCCAGCUCUACUACAUGGGGGACCUGAUCCAACACCGCAGGACACAGGACCACAAGAUCGCCAAACAAUCCCUGCGACCCUUCUGCACUGUUUGCAACCGCUACUUCAAGACUCCUCGAAAGUUUGUGGAGCAUGUGAAGUCCCAGGAGCACAAGGACAAAGCCAAAGAGCUGAAGACUCUGGAGAAGGAGAUAGCUGGCCAAGACGAGGACCACUUCAUCACGGUGGAUGCCGUGGGAUGCUUUGAGGGUGAUGAAGAUGAGGAGGAUGAUGAUGAGGAUGAAGAAGAGAUCGAGGUUGAGGAGGAAUUCUGCAAGCAGGUGAGAUCCAAAGAUAUAUCCAUAGAGGAGUGGAAGGGCUCAGAGACCUACAGCCCCAACACCGCGUACGGUGUGGACUUCCUGGUGCCCGUGAUGGGCUACGUCUGCCGCAUCUGCCACAAGUUCUACCACAGCAACUCAGGGGCACAGCUGUCCCACUGCAAAUCCUUGGCCCACUUUGAGAACCUGCAGAAACACAAGGCGACCAAGAACCCCAGCCCCACCACCCGGCCGGUGAGCCGCCGGUGCGCCAUCAACGCCCGCAACGCCUUGACUGCGCUAUUCACCUCUGGCGGCCGCCCACCCGCCCAGCCCAGCACCCAGGACACAGCCAAAGCCCCCAGCAAGAUGGAGAAACUGAGGCCUGGCAAGGUCAAGUGACACACUGAAGGCCAAGCAGUGGCCCUUUGAACGUGCUGUUGCCUCUGCCUGGAAUGCGACGAGUCCUUCUGUCUUCCUUUCCUCCUCUCCUGGAUGAGUCCCACUCAUCCUUCAAGUCUCAGUAAGGAUGUCACCACGGGAGCCUUCCCCGUGCCCCAGGCCCAAUCAUGCCUCUAUCCUGAUCCCCCGGCCCUCCUCACCCCUGGCCCUCCCCUCAGGACUUUCUGCUGAGCUGCUUCGUGUGCUGUGCUGUGUCCCCCACUGACUAUAAAGCUCCAUGAGCGGUGAAUGGUCAUGUUUGCUGCCGUCUCCCUGGUGCCCUCAUCGUCACACAAUAAGCAUUUCUGAAUGAAUGAAUGAAUGAAUGAAUGAGUGAGUGAAGCCUCUGACUUUCCAGCCUCUCUGCCAUUGCUCAACUGUCCCUGCUACCCAGAAUGUCUCAACCACAACAACCCUGCAAGGACCUGCUCAAAAUGCCUCCUCCAAGAAGUCUUCCCUUGUCUCCACUGGAAACCAUCACUCCCUCCUCUACAGCCACUCCUGACCUGCCUCUCUCAGCAACACAAUGUCCCUUAGGAUCCAAGGUCUGGGCCUGUGCCCACUGCGGGACCCAGUUCUGAGCCAGCCCAUGACUCAGAUACACUGGGCUGCCAGCUUGGGACCAAUGGGGAAGUAGCUGGUGGAGGCUGGGCGAGGCCAGGGCCCAAGAAGUGUGUCUGGGACGUGGGUGCGAAUGUGCCUGCGUUCUGGCCCCGAGAUGGUCCUCCUCACAGAGGACAGAGUCCUGGGAAAUCUGGAUUUUAAAGUCCAACCCCCUUGUGGUAUAGCUGGGGAAACUGAGGCUGAAGAAGGAAGCAACCUGCCCAGGGCCUUCCAACCUCUGGUCACAAAGCCAAAACUCCGAUUCUGGGAUCAGGGCACUUGAGUUCUGAGUUCCAGCUCUGCUCUGUCCUAGCAAGUUACUGCACAUUCCUGGAAAAAAGGGCUAAGAACUGGGUUGUUGUGAGGGUUCAAAUGCAUCAAGAGCUCAGACAGGGUCUGGCCAUAGCAAGUAUUUAGUAGAUGGUCUUAUCAAUAUUUCACAUUCUGUAUCACAGGAUACAGGCGUGUGUCUGGGAUACCCUCCUCCCCACUGUUCUAAGUCCUGUCUGCCAACAGCCACUCAAUGUCACCUCCUGGGAGGCCCUUCCUGAUGCUCCUACUGUGGCUACCAGCAGUGACUACGAAGUGGCCACUGUUCACCAGCAUUGCCCAGCCCACAGCCACCCCCAGGAGGAGGUCUGCUACCUCUUUAUUAAAAGCAGACCUUGGGUGAUGAAAAUGUUCUAAAACUAUUGUGGUGAUGGAUGCACAACUCUGUGAAUGUAUAAAAAGCUACUGAACUGUACAGUUUAAAUGGGCAAACUGAAUGUGAAUUACAGCUCAAUAAAGCUUUUACUCAAAAAGCA